AUGGAACUAAUCCAGAUUCUAACCAAACGAGUUGCCACACCGAGAGGGUCAGGGCGACCCGGCAAGCACAGGAACGGGCGCUGGGUCCAAGCUCCUCUUCUGGCUUUGGGGGGCCGGGAGCCCGAGGCGCCGCGAGCGGGGAGCACGACCCCUCGGCGCCGAGCCCGGGCGCCCCCGCCUCCGCCGGGCCAGCGGUCAGCGGACGGCGCCGAGCCCCGGGCGGCCCCGGCCGCGGGGGCACCCUCCUCGCCGUGCCCUGGGCCAGCAGCCGCCGGGAGCCCCGGAGCGGCGGCCGAUCAGCUGAGCCCGGCCGGGCCGAGGCUUCCCCGCGCCGCCCCGGCCCCCCGGAACGCGGGCCCCGGCCCCGGGGGGCGCAGAGGGCGGGCGCGGCGCGGCGCGCCGGGCUGGGGGCCCGGGCUGCCCUCGCGUCGCCCCCUCAGCCCGGGCUCCGCGCUGCGGGACGAGCCCCCCGGCUACUCCCCAGCCGCAGACGAGGGAUUCCGGGGGAUGGGCCCCCUGGCGUGGCCCCUCCUCCCGGAGCGUCCCCUGCCCAGGAGAGACAGGCGCGGCGACAGGCCUAGCCGCUCGGAAGGCCGCUGGGCCGGCUCGGCCCGAGCGGGGGUGUCCAGCUCGGGCCUGCCCGUGGCCCAGGGGCCGCAGGGCAAGGCGCGUUCCCGCCGGCUGCCCGCCCCUCGCGCGCCGGCCGCUGGGCCGAGGCCCGCAUGCCCGCCACCCCCGGGCAGGCCCCGGCGCCCCGGGCUCCGGGGGCGUCCUCGGCGCAGCGGCCGGGCCCCGCCUCACCGCUCCUCGCCGCUCCGGAGGGGCAGGACUCGGGAGCAGCAUGUCUGUCCUGGGCCCGGCUGCCCCCCGGGGCGGGGGCCGCGCCGGGCGCCGGCCCGGGGCGUCCACAGGUGCCAGGCGCGCGAGUGGUCUCCGCCGCGGCCGGGGGCGGCGGCGGCGGCGCCCGGGGAGGUGGCCAGGAAGCCCCGCUCCUCGGCCACGCGCAGGUUUGCGCAGCGCCGGUGCCCCCGGCGGCCCCGGGUGGGACGUGACCCCGCCCCCGGCGAGUCGGGGCGCCCCCCACGGAGGGGUGUGCGCGGGCCGCCCCCGGCCCCCGGCCCCCGGUCCCCGGCCCGACCCCGCCGCCCGGGCCUGCGCCGGGCCCGGCCGGGAAGGCGUCUCCUCGCGGUGCGCGCACGGCUUCGCGCGAGGGUCAGCGCCGGGGCCGCAGCGGCCCGAGCCGCGCCGGGCCUGCCCACGGACGGGCUCCCGCGGCCCGGCCGCUGCCCGACGGGCCAGCAGGCUGCAGACGUCGACGGAGCCCGGCCGGAGGUGUCUGAGCCAUCACCGCCACGCGAGCAGCCCGGCCGCGAUCAGGGCAUUUCCCCAGCCAAUCUCGUGCUCUGGGGCCCGUUUGAAUGA